UUCAUAACAUUUUUUGACAUCAAGAAGUCACGUUUGAAGAAUAUUUCAGUCUUUGUGCCGGAUUGUAUUUUUUUGAGACGAGAGAAAUUUAUUAAAGUGAACGUGCAAAAACUAUCAAAAAGUGACUACAAUCAUGUGACCAUUGAGGAUACUGUGCAGAUAGUCUCAGAAAAUGGCUUCUUAUUCACUACUUCGUUCUUUCAACCAACUUGGAUGGAAAUGCAGGAUGGCACCAAACAUAUACAGUACCUCAAAAAGAUAUUUGUCAAGCAACAGAACACACUAUGAAAUUUUAGAAGUCAGUAAGGAUGCAACAGAUGAAGAAAUAAAAGCAGCUUACAAAAGACUGUCAAAAAAGUAUCAUCCAGACACAUCAACAGAAAAUGAUACCCAUGACAAGUUUAUAGAAGUAAAUCAGGCUUUUCAAACACUCAGUAAACCAAUAAGCAGAAGAGAUUAUGACUUAAAGCUGAAAUAUGGAACACAGCAAUUUGAGUAUAAAACACAAGAGGAGGUCAAGGAGAGACAACCUUCAUGGAGAGAAAAACCUUACUGGGAAAGAACGAAGGAGGAGGAUAAAGAAUUUCGGGAGUGGUAUUAUAAGGAGUUUGGUAUGGGGAGUCCCCACUCUCCUAAUGUACCUGACCCCUUCUGGUUCCUGACCGGUAAACAGGCUAUCCUAUUGGCUGUAACGCUUGGCUUCUGUUUACAGUAUGCAAGAUGGAGGUGGUUAAAAACUCGGACAGACUUGAUAGAUUCUCAACACAGUAAUAGAAUGCAAAAAAUGGAAAAGGAAAAUCAAGACCAAUUGGAAUGGAUGCAGAGAGAAAAAGAAAAUUUUGCCAACAUGGUAGAUAAAGAACUUGAAAAGAAUAAUGAAACAAACCUACAAACUUUACUUCACAAAAAAGAAAGUGUGUCAGUUCUCAAUAGAAAUGAAGGGGUAGCCAUUCCAAAUGUGACACCAGCCUAGCGAUCAGGGAUAAAUUUAUCUUAGGGAUGUUCUUUGUUAUAAAGGAAUACUAGACAAUCCAAUGAUAUUAUUUUAACAUUAUAGUGUGCUCAGUUGAAAUGUCGAGAAUGAGAGCCAGUUGAUUUUUUAAUUAAAAUGAAUUUUUA